CUCGUACGCAUCAUGGCGACUCCUGCCCAACAGCCUCUUCAGCCUAGCGGUGGGAAGCGCAAAGGGAAGGCGCAGUGUGCUCAGGCCAAGCGGACUCGGCGCUGCGACGCCGGGGGUCCCCGACAGUCGGAGCCUGGGCUACAGGGCAUCCUUACUACCUGCAACAUGAACGAGCGCAUGGAGAGUGGAGCGAAUAAUGUAGUCUUCAUCAGGACACUUGGAAUAGAACCUGAGAAACUGGUGCAUCAUAUUCUCCAGGAUAUGUACAAAACCAAGAAGACGACGACUCGGGUUAUUCUACGAAUGUUACCCAUCUCUGGCACAUGCAAGGCUUUCUUAGAGGAUAUGAAAAAAUAUGCAGAAAUAUUUUUGGAACCCUGGUUUAAAGCUCCAAAUAAAGGGACAUUUCAGAUAGCAUAUAAAUCUCGAAAUAACAGUCACAUGAGUAGAGAAGAAGUUAUCAAAGAAUUGGCAGGAAUAGUUGGCAGCCUCAAUUCGGAAAACAAAGUGGAUCUUACCAACCCACAGUACACAGUGGUAGUAGAAAUCAUCGAAGCUGUCUGUUGCCUGAGUGUUGUGAAAGAUUACAUGUUGUUCAGAAAAUACAAUCUCCAGGAAGUGGUAAAGAGUGCCAAGGACCUGUCACAGCUUAACCCAAAGCCGACAGUGCAAGCAGGAAAUAGGAAAGAAGCUAAAUUGGAAUCUGGUGACAAAUCAAAUCAAAGUGAUGCAGCAGAAGGAAAAAAUAACCAGCAGGUGGUACCAGAGAAUAGUGAAGAGGUGGGACAGACAGAACCAAAAUCUGAAACACAGUUAGUGAAUGAGGGGGGAACUAAGCCUGAACUUGCAAGUCAAGUCACAGAAGAAUUCAAGUCAAAUGAAAAUGACCUCUCAUAGGGGAUUUUAAAAAAAGCUGGUGUUGGAGGUGAGUUUCACAACUGGGGUUCUAUGUAAAAUUAUGACUGAAAAUAUUUUUGAACUUUGUGUGCUGCGCUUAUAAAUAGUGAACAAUGAUUGAGCAACUCUGUUAAUUUUGUUAGCAAUCUUUCAGCCCUUUGUGGCAGUGUGUGGUAGGCCCAUAUGCAUUUGGUGGGGUUUAUUAUUGGUGAACACU